AUGGCUGAUAUCUAUUUCAAGUCGGAACACCCACUGGAGAGGAGACUGAUUGAAGCUUCUCGCACCAGGGACAAGUAUCCAGAUAGAGUUCCUGUGAUUGUAGAGAAAGCUGAGAGAAGUGAUGUUCCCAAUAUCGACAAGAAAAAGUACCUCAUACCGGAUGAUCUGACAGUGGGGCAAUUUGUGUAUGUUGUCCGUAAAAGAAUCAAGCUGAGUGCAGAAAAGGCAAUCUUUGUCUUUGUCAAGAACACAUUGCCUCCAACUGCAACAAUGAAUGCUUGUAUAUGUAUUUAUGCAGCUGCAAUGAUGAGAACAAAGACGAAGAUGGGUUUCUCUACAUGACUUAUAGUGGAGAGAACACUUUUGGUUUGGUUUAAAAUCUGUCUACUUUUGUUUUUUUUUUCAUAUAUAUAUAUAUAUGCUAUGCUCUUUGAAUAUGGAGAAGUUAUCUAUGUUGCUUUCGACUGAUUAUAUGUAAAUGUUGCUUUAGGCUGAUUAUAUGUAAAUGUUGCUUUUGAUGUU